GAAGCCAAGAUGGCGUUGAGGGAGCUGUCCUCGUUGGAGAAAUUUCUAGGAUUAAAAAAGCCGAAUAAAUACAGCACACAAGGAGACCGAAAGGUUCCCGUUCUGCAGAGCAACAGUGCGGCAGGCCUGGUCGGCCUGGUGACCAUCGCCACUCACCUGGCCCAGGAGGCGAAGAGACCGGACCUGCUGGGCAAGAAUGCAGAGGAGAGAGCCGUGGUGCAGCAGUGGCUAGAGUACAGAGUAGCCAGGCUCGAUGGCUGCACCAAAGAAGACAUCAAGAUCAUACUGAAGGACCUGAACACUUACCUGGAGGACAAAGUCUACCUGGCAGGAAACCACAUCAGCCUGGCCGACCCACUCCUCUACUAUGGCCUACACCACAUCAUCGUGGAGCUGGCUGUCCAGGAGAAGGAGAAGUAUCUGAACGUGACGCGCUGGUUUGACCACGUGCAGCACUACCCGGGCGUGAGACACCACCUGCCCCCCGUAGUGGUGCUGAGGAACAGAGUCUACACCAGUGGACACCACUGACCCUCCACCCCCGCCGCUCUCUCCAACAUCACUACUAUUACCCUGCUCCACAACACACACACACACACACCACACCAUCACUGACCAUCUCCAUGAUCCCUGUACGGAACUACACACACACACACACACACACACACACACACACACACACACACACACACACACACACACACACACACACACACACACACACACACACACACACACACACACACUACACCACCACUCACAUUACCCUGCUACAUAUAAUGUACACACAUAUAAUAGGACUGCUGUCCAACAUCAUGGCAGUGGGGGUGUCAGGGUGUUUGAGUGCAGGGAAUGGGAUUGGGUUGGGUGUGGACAGGGCGUUACGAUGAGAUUGCAGGGUUGAGCUAAGCUAAGCCAGAGAAGUACAUUUCUGCUGCUGCCUGGAUGUGAGGCGUGUUUGUUUGCGUUGGGGUGGGGUGGUCUGCAGGUUCUUCCUAAACUAACUUGUUAGAACCCUGAGGAGUUGUGGCGUCAGAGCCUGCAAGAGGUGUAACAUGCAUGGGACCCCAGCUCCUAAAAUAUGUCUGAAGUAGGCAAGCAGCAGUCCCCAAGAUGAUGGUCUUGUGUUUAGUUCCUUUGUCUUGACUGUUAUUUUGUGUCUGUUUUGUAUUCGUUUGUUUUUUGUUUUUUUCCUCGUCUGUCCAGUGGGGUCCACUGGUGUAGGUUUUCACUUGUUGGCUUGCUUUGAUUGUUUUUUUUUUGUCAUUGGAAGGAUGUUUUUUCAGUGUUUUGUUAACUUAUAUUGCGAGGGUGACUGUGGAAGUCAAAGAAGAAAUAUCACUAAUUUCAGGUACCCGAUCGGCUUCUAGAACUGAGGGGGCCAUCAGGUGUGUUAUCUGCAUCUGAGCAUGCGUUUCAAAUGAGGAAAACGGGUGUUAAGUCUUAGAAAAGGACAAUGUCACUCUUUUCUCUUUUUUUUAAUCAGUCAGAUGUCACAGAUUGACUUUGUUACAGCUUAAAGACAAACAGGUUACAGUUGGCCAGUGCAUAUCAUGACCAGUAGUCUUAACUUCAUUUGUGUCUGUUGGGCCGUAAUGGCAAAGAUACAGUAGAUCUAUCCUGCGUUUAGCUCUCCUCCACCACCCUUCUCUCAUUAUUCUCUGCCUGUUUUUUCCCUCUUUCUUUAUUUCAUUCACUCACUUUUUUUACUUGUACUUUGCCUUCUUUUCUGGCCAUUUCACUGUUCUCUCUCUCUCUUUCUGUCCAUCUCUAUGCUUCAGUUCUUCUCUCCUGCGGUCGCUCUGCUCUGCUCUGCUCUCCCACCAGUUGUGUGGGCAGCAGAUCAGUCGCCUCUGCUCUGCUUCUCCACUCAGCUCCGCUCGGUGCUGUCUGUUUAUGCUGAAGGCCAGAGGCUGCAACACCAGCUGUGGUGGAGAGGAACAAACGAGAGGGAGAGGAGAGAGGGCAAGGGAAGAGCGGAGUGGACAGAAGCGAAGGAGGAAGAAAGGAAGAGUAGUAGAGGGGAAAGGAGAUAGAGAGAGAGAAAGGAAAAGUGGAGUGGACAGAAGCGAGCUAAAGGAGAGGGAGAGAAAGGAAGGAAGACUGGAGGAGAGGGCACAGAGAAAGAGAGAGGGAAAGAGGGAGUAGAGGAGGGGAGGGGGGGAGGAGUUGCUGCUGCGUGGAGCUGGUAGCUGCGGGUGACAGCGACGCAUCGUGUGUCAUUUCAUUUUGCCCACGUCCCCCCUGGCCGGACUACAGGCUGGGAAAUCCGCCAGUGACACAACCAGCCCUGCUCACACACACACACACACGCACACACACGCAUGCUCCCCCUGCUCCAAAACAAUGCUCACACGUGGCUCGGAGGGUUAUUUUGUUAAGCGUUGGAAAGGCUGCGAGCGGAGCGCCUGUGCCUGUGCUGUGCCUAAUGUCUGAACUGAACUUCCCUUGAAAUGCACUGGGGUUCACAAAGGGCAGCUGUCAAGCAUUGAUAACCAGCUCAAAAUGCAUUCUCCAGGCUAGUCAAGGCCAAAUGAACAACUGGAGCUCAAGUCAUUAAGUCAUGAAUAAUGUAACCUCAUUUUUUUCCCUCUUUUCUAUUUGCUUAUGGCAUGUCUUAUGGUAUGUGCAGGCAUACCCGUUGUUACCAUACACACACAAUAGCUACCAUCCAUUGCAGUACAGCAGCCAGUAUUUGUCAUUGUGGUGUGUAGGAUUGCAUUGCACUGCACAUGUUUUUUGUGUGUUAGACUCCAUAGCCAAUAAGGUUUGGAGUGCAGCUUCUUGUCCCUUUGCUUCGCAGCGGAAAAUCCUUGUGUAAUGAAAGUUUUGUCAUACUGCACAUUGGCCUAUCUGCAAUGCAUUACCACUGAUACAACAGCCCUCUGAUGUUUUAUUGUGCCCCCGCUGACCCGUAAGCCCCCUUUAUGAAAAGUCUGCUGCUUUCAAAGCCGGUUUGUGUUAUUUAACGUCAACAGAACUUUGUCCUGUGCCAAUGAAUAAAAAGGGAAGACACAAAGCCAUUAAA